UUCUCCUUCAUUAUAAUCCCGUCUCUGAGCCGGUAUCAUGGCGCCCGUGAGGAGGCUCCUCUGCUGGGCUUCUGCCCGCGUCUGAAGCGGCUCCUGUGGCGGACACACACACGGCGGCACCGCGGACACGAGCACCGGACACCGACCGCUGACUACCGGUCCUGCAGGAGAGCAGAGGAUGGUGGAGCAGGGCCAGGCGGGACACAGACUGGGGGCUCCGGAGAGUUUGGGCAUCAGCACACUGGAGCCCGGCCACAAGCCGCCCGCCAUGCCAACAGGACGCCUGAUGCCCAUCCGAGUGCUGCUGCUGGAUGACUCAGAGCAGAUCUUCGACAUAUCCUACCGAUCGUCUGGACGGGUGUUGUUUGAUAUGGUCUGCCUGCAUCUGAACCUGGUGGAGGGCGAUUACUUUGGCCUGCAGUUUCACAAUCAUCACAGAAAGAUGGUCUGGCUGGAUUUACUAAAGCCCAUUAGAAAGCAGAUCACACGGCCCAAACACACUGUCCUUCGGUUUGUUGUGAAGUUCUUCCCUCCGGAUCAGUCUGUGCUGUUGGAGGAGUUGACCAGGUACUUGUUCGCUCUGCAGGUCAGGCAGGAUCUUGGCAGUGGACGUCUGACCUGCAGUGACUCCAGCGCCGCUCUGCUGGUGUCUCACAUCAUCCAGUCUGAGAUUGGGGAUUUUGAGGAGACUCAGUGCAGACAGCAUCUGCUCAACACCAACUACAUCCCUGACCAGAUGGCACUGAUGGACAAAAUCAUGGAGUUCCACCUUAAACACAUUGGCCAGACGCCAGCAGAGUCAGACUAUCGUUUGCUGGAGGUGGCCUGCAGCUUGGAGAUGUACGGCAUCAGACUUCAUCCAGCGAAAGACAGGGACGGAAAUAAAGUCAGUCUGGCUGUUGCUCACGGUGGAGUCUUGGUGUUUCAGGGCCACAGCAGGAUCAACAGCUUCAACUGGUCUGCGAUUCGCAAGCUGAGUUUCAAGAGACGGAGGUUUCUCAUCAAGCUGAGAGCAGAUCCUACUCAAAAUGUGAGUCCAGAUACUCUGGAGUUUUUGAUGGCGAGUCGGGACUGCUGUAAGAUGUUCUGGAAGAUCAGUGUGGAGAAUCACGCCUUCUUCAGGCUUUUCGAGGAGCCCAGACCCAAACCUAAAGCAGUGCUGUUCAGCAGGGGCUCUUCCUUCAGGUUCAGCGGUCGGACACAGAAGCAGGUCAUUGAUUAUGUGAAGGAAAAUGAGUUUAAAAAACUGCCCUUCGACAGGAAGCACAGUCGAGUGCAGUACAACAGCAGUCUGUCUCCUCUGCGCUCUGCACAGCACCAAGUGCCAAAUCAAGCUGCCAAGCAGAGUUGGGAGGGUCCAUAUUUAGUAAGCUCAGAAGAUUCUGCCGUAUUAAGACCAUGUGGAAACUCCUCUCCGUCAACCCAGCGCAACGGAUGCAGUGACCAAACGUACCCCGUUCAGGAGGACAGCAGGAGUCCGGCAGCAAAGCAGCAGCAGCAGGCCGUGGAUCGAGCAGAGUUGACGUGUGCUUUGGUAGCGUUAGUUAAUGGUCAUUCUGAUGACUUUCGAGGGGUCACACCGUCUCCUCUCAUCUCCCCCUUACUGAAUGAUGGUGUUUCCGAACGCAAUGAUGACGAGGAAGACAACAGGAGGAAGAUCUGUCCUGCUGAUAACUCAUACUUCAUCGCUAAAGAGUUGCUCAACACUGAGAGAACAUACCUGAAGGACCUGGAGCUGAUCACAGUGUGGUUUCAGGGUGUGUUGGAUAAAGAGGACUGUGCUCCUGAAGAUGUGAAGACUCUACUGAGAUCCACCUAUGAGCCGCUUUAUUCCCACCACACACACUUCCUCCAGGAGCUUGAGGAGAGACUGUCACUGUGGGAAGGCAAAGGAGACGUCCAGCAUGUAGGAGACCUGCUGCUCAACACUGUACAGGAACUGAAGGCUCUCUCCGCUCUGCUGCAGAGGAGCUCGGAGUGUGUGUUUGCGCUGGAGAAGGCGUGCUGCGCGUCCCGGAGGCUGGAGUGUGUGUGUCGUGAGUUUGAGCUGCAGAAGGUGUGUUUUAUCCCGCUGAACGUGUUCCUGCUGAGGCCGCUGCACCGCCUGCUGCACUACAGACACAGCCUGGACACACUGUGCACACACUACCCCGACACACACCCCGACUACACACACUGCACAGCCGCUCUGGACGGUGUGUGUGAGCUGCAGGCUGUCCUCCACACUGCUCUGCUGGAGACGGAGAAUCACCAGAGGCUGCUGGAGCUCCAGAAGGAUCUGCUGGGUGUGUGUGGUGUGUGUGCGGCCGGACGGCAGAUCAUCAGACUGGGCUGCCUCAGCAAACUGUCCGGCAGAGGCCUUCAGCAGCGCAUGUUCUUCCUGUUCAGUGAUGUUCUGCUGUACAGCACUCGAGGGAUCACAGCAACCAAUCAGUUCACAGUGCACAGACAGCUUCCCCUGCGCGGCAUGACAAUCCGGGAGAGUGAGGAUGAGUGGGGCGUCCCGCACUCCUUCACCCUGACGGUCCAGCAGCAGUCACUGGUGGUCGCUGCAUGUUCAGAGUCAGAGAUGGAGAAGUGGAUGGAGGAUUUAAAGAUGGCGGUGGAUAUGGCUGAGGAGUCAAACGGGCCGACCGCUGACCUGCUGACCAAUCACAGGGAUGCAAGUGAGUCAGAUCACACAUACAAAUCGUCUGAUGUGGAGUCUGAAGAUGAUCUCUGCGGCUCUCGAACGUCUUUAUCGAAGAACGGCAGCAACUCCUCAAACUCUGUCCAUCGAGGAAACACCACAGCACACGUCUGCUGGCACCGCAACACCAGCGUCUCCAUGCUGGACUUCAGCAGAGCCACCGAGAAUCAGCUCUCAGGAAAUCUGCUCAGAAAGUUUAAAAACAGCAACGGCUGGCAGAAACUCUGGGUGGUCUUCACCAACUUCACCCUGUUCUUCUACAAGACGCAUGAGGAUGAGUAUCCUCUGGCUAGUCUGCCUCUGCUGGGUUAUUCAGUGUCAGACGCCGCACACACAGACAUCCUCCACAAAGAUCACGUCUUCAAGCUGCAGUUCAAGUCUCACGUCUACUACUUCAGGACGGAGAGCGAAUACUGCUUCCACAGAUGGAUGUCGGUGAUCAGAAGCGCUACAGUCUCCGCCAGCAGAACCCGCUAUCUGAACCGGACAGAACUGGACUGAACCUAAUAUCUGAACUGGACUGAACCGGAUCAAACUGGACUGAACAACUCAGAAACUGCCAUCUGAAAACAACACAAACCUACAGACUAGGGAUGGGACGGUUCAUGGAAAGUAAAUUAACCCUUUGGUUCUCUUGUCACGGUUCAGUACUCGUGUAUACUGAAUUAUUCUUAUUUUGUUUAUUUUUUUGUUAUUUAAAUCAUUUCAAAUUUUAAGCAUCCAGUUAUAGGCUGCGUCUGAAAUCACCUACUACCUAGUAGGUACUGCAUUUACAGUUAAGUGUACUACUCGGCCGUUAGAAAAGUACAUUCAUUACAGUAUGAGUGUGAGUAUUAUGAAUGGAUCUCGGACGUACUACAUCCGCCAUUUUGUCAUGAUCAUGUGACCUACCUGUGUCAGUUGCGUCGCUUCACUCCCAUUCAUGAAUUCUCUCAUGGUGCAUUACGGGAUAGCGUAGCGUCCAUCUGAUGUGCACUUCAGAAGCUCGCCGGAAGUAGUAGGUCAUCG